AUGCAAGAACCAAACUUGGGCAUGAUGGGAAGUGGAAGUGGGGGUGCACUUGGUGGUUUAAGCAGUGGAGAAAUGUCUGUGUCUUUAUCAGGUGAUCAGUUUCGCCAACUCAAGGCAGAAAUAGCUAUACAUCCUUUAUACGAGCAGCUAUUAGCAGCUCAUGUGUCUUGUCUUCGAGUAGCUACACCAAUUGAUCAGUUACCACUUAUAGAUGCUCAGUUAUCACAAUCUCAUCAUCUUCUUAGGUCUUAUGCUUCACAGAAUAACCAACAUGGUCAUUCUCUUUCUCCCCACGAAAGGCAAGACCUUGACAACUUCUUGGCACAGUAUUUGAUAGUAUUGUGUACUUUCAAAGACCAGCUUCAACAACAUGUCAGAGUCCACGCUGUUGAAGCUGUCAUGGCCUGUCGUGAAAUUGAGACCACCUUACAGGCUCUCACUGGUAUGACUCUAGGAGAAGGUGCGGGUGCAACCAUGUCUGACGAUGAAGAUGACCUGCAAAUGGAUUUCUCUUUAGAUCAAUCAAGUGCUGAUGGACAUGACAUGAUGGGAUUUGGACCUCUGCUUCCUACAGAAUCUGAAAGGUCCUUGAUGGAGAGAGUUCGGCAGGAAUUGAAGAUUGAACUAAAGCAGGGUUUCAAAUCAAGAAUCGAAGAUGUCAGGGAGGAGAUAUUGAGAAAAAGAAGAGCUGGAAAACUACCAGGUGACACUACUUCAGUGCUGAAAAAUUGGUGGCAGCAACACUCCAAGUGGCCUUACCCAACUGAAGAUGACAAGGCAAAACUUGUGGAGGAGACAGGGUUGCAACUAAAGCAGAUCAACAAUUGGUUCAUCAACCAAAGGAAGAGGAACUGGCACAGCAACUCUCAAUCAGUGACAUCUUUGAAGUCCAAGCGCAAGAGGUAG